GCCGUCGGCCGUCGGCUGUCGGUCGUCAGUGGUGGUGGCGGUGGUGGCGGUGGUGGUCGUCGUCGUUGUCGGUCGUCCGUCGUCCGUCGUCCGUCGUCCGUCGUCGUCGGUCGUAGGCCGUCGGUCAUCAUUCCGCCGCACGCGCAGGCCCCGCCCUGCGGCGGAGGCUCCUCGUGUUCGGGAGGCGGCUGUGGGAAUAUGAUGUCCUGCGGCGGCGGAAACGGAUGCGGCAUGGCGGGCAACAUGGGCGGCGGCAUGGUCGGCGGCAUGAGCAGCGGCAUGGGCGGCGGCAUGGGCGGCGGUAUGGGUUGCGGUAUGGGCGGCGGCGUGGGAGGCGGUUGUGGCGGCGGUAUGGGCGGCGGCAUGGGCGGCGGCAUGGGCGGUGGCAUGGGCGGCGGCAUGGGCGGCGGCAUGGGCGGUAUGGGCGGUUGUGGCGGCUGCGGCGGCUGCGGUGGCUGUGGCAGCUCUGGCUGCUGCGGUUGCGGCGGUUGUGGCGGCUGCGGCGGCUCUAGCGGCGGCAUGUGUGGCGGAAUGGGCGGCGGCAUGGGCGGUAUAGGCGGUUGUGGCGGUUGCGGCGGUUGUGGCAGUUGCGGUGGUUGUGGCGGCUCUGGUUGUUGCGGUUGCGGCGGCUGUGGCGGUUGCGGCUGCUCUGGUUGCGGCAUGUGUGGCGGAAUGGGCGGCGGACUGUGUGGCGGAAUGGGCGGUGGAAUGGGUUGUGGCAUGGGCAUGUGUGGCGGAAUGGGCGAGGAGAUGCAGAUGCAGCAGGACACGCUUCCUCCUUUGGCGGUGGUGGUCGCGCGCCGGGAUGUUCUGAGAAGGGAAGAGAGGAGGCGGUGCUUCCUCUCCCGUCCCAUUUCCUCCUUCGCCCCCACCCUCCGUCUCCU